UUUCAAGCUUUUAGGCUGGAGGCUGAGACUCUGAGACCCACAAUUUUCCCCCCUUCUAACGUUCUUAGAUACCCACAGCUCACUUGUAUAGUUGUAUACGGUGGGUGGUACAUCAGCUUUGCCUGAAUCUUGCUUUUAUCAUUCACUGAAGAUGAUGGCAAAGCUGUGAGCUUUUUCCUCUGAUUGAAUCCAAAUCAUAAGGUCUUUGCUUUUGGAAAUCUUGGGUUUUUCUUGUUUCCAAAUUCCUGAGAAUGGGUUCAUCAGAUCGGCUGUUUAACAGACAGAGGAGUGUUCAUCAGAUCCUUGGAGGAGGUCUUGUUGCAGAUGUGAUACUGUGGAGGAUUAAAAAUGUGACAGUUGGGAUCCUAGUAAUUACAUUGUUUGCUUGGAUUGUGUUUGAGAGAUCAGGCUAUACUCUUUUAUCCUUAACCUCAAGUGUUUUGUUGCUCCUGCUUGGUAUUCUUUUUCUAUGGGCAAAAUCAGCUGCUCUUCUAAACAGACCUGCACCACCUUUACCGCAUUUGUAUCUCUCGGAAGAAAGAGUUAAUGAAGCAGCAGUAUUCAUCCGUGAUCACAUUAACACGUUGCUCUCUGCAUUUGAGGAUAUUGCAUUGGGUCGGGACACCGAGUUAUUUGUUAAAGUAGGUGCAGGUCUGUUGCUGGUUUCUGUCAUUGGCGGCCUCACGGAUUUUCUGACUUUGGGUUACACUGGCCUGUUGAUUGUUCUCACAGUACCUGUACUUUAUGAGAAGUAUGAAGAGCAUAUAGACAGAUAUGUGGUGAUGACAUACAGGAAAUUGCGGGAUUUGUAUUUAAGAUUUGAUGCAGAAUGUAUUUGCAAGACUCGGAACUGGAUUGCAGAGAAGAAGAAAUUAGACUGAUCUCUUCAGCUGUCUCUACUUGACAUCUUUUUUUCCUUUUUCUUUUCAAUUUUGAGGAGUUUUUUUCCCAUCCUCUUUCAUUUUGUUUCUUUGAUAUAUCCUUAGUGAGUAGAGGCAUGAUCAUCUGUCAAUUUGUACAAGUUUGUAGAUGUAUAAGGAUGUGUUUCAAAUGCACUGCACUGGCACCUGGAUUUUCAAGCAAAA